GCGAACGACCUUGAGUGUUUAUGUAAUAAGCGAAUUAAGCGAUAAGGAAGUGGCCAGUUUCCGCGUUGAUAUUCACUGCUCGGGAAUUUUAGCAAAAUGUCCCAUCUCAAUGCAAUAUUUCGUCAAAUAUUGCUGGUGAGCCCGCGUCAACUUCCGAUUACGGCGCUAUCGUCACGCCACAUUCACAACAAUCAGCCAGAAGCAGCAGCAGCAGCAACGCUUGAGGUUGAAGAGGUGCGAAUUCCGGUGCCUUAUGGGGAGAUUGCCGGCAAGUGGUGGGGUCCAAAGGAUGUGCGUCCGAUCGUGGCCCUGCACGGCUGGCAGGAUAACGCCGGGACGUUCGACACGUUAAUUCCGAUGCUUCCGCAGCACAUGAGCUUCCUGGCGUUGGAUUUGCCUGGACACGGAUUGUCUUCGCGGAUUCCUGAUGGGAUGACGUAUCACACGUUGGAUAGUAUAUAUCUGCUGAAGCGGAUCAUGAAGCAGUACCGGUGGAACCAUAUUUCGCUGCUCGGGCAUUCGAUGGGGUCGAUCGUGAGUAUGGUCUUUUCGGCGAUUUUCCGGGAUAAGGUCGAUUUGUACGUGGGGAUUGAUGCGCUGAAGCCUCACAUCGCGGAUCCGGAAAAGUUGGCCCCACGGUUGGAGAAGCGAAUACCGCAGAUGCUGCUGGCGGACAUCAGGAACCAGGAAAAGUCGGAACCGCCGAGCUACACGUUUCAGGAGCUUGUGGAACGGUUGCACCUCGGAACGAACAAGUCAAUCUCGAAGGAGGUCGCGCCGUAUCUGCUUACGCGUAAUAUCGCCGAAUCGAAGAUGUACCCGGGCAAGUACUACUUUACAAGGGAUAGCCGGCUCAAGUAUAGCGUGGGAACGGGCUGGGACCAGCAGGUUUGUCUGGAGAUGGGCAAACGGAUGACGAUGCCGUACAUGUUCAUCAAGGCGAAAAACUCGCCGUACUACGAGGACAAGAAGUACUUUGAAGAGUAUGUGGCGUUGGUCAAGCAGGUGAAUCCGCUGUUUGAGCUGGAGUUUGUCGACAGUACGCACCAUCUGCACCUGACGGAGCCGGCCAAGGUCGCGCCGCUUAUUACGGCGUUUCUGUGCAAACACUGGAAGAAGGACGCUUGCAGUGGGGCGAGGCGGUAAGGAAACAUGAAUCUAUACCGUA